GCCAGGAGCCAGAGGGACAGCCCCCAUCUCCUCCUCCCCCUCCCCCUUUUCUCAGCCUCCUUUAAUCCUAGGCUGCCACCCCACGCAGAGCAGUCCAGGGAGCUGAGCUGGUGGCCUCGGAAGGAACCCCCGAGCCACUUCUGCCGAAGGCCCGAGAGGCGCCCGAGCGGAAUCUUCUUCAUCCGAGACAUCUCCUGGGCCGGAGCCGCGGGGCGCCGGGGAGAGGUAGAGAGUCUCAGGUGAGCCAGGCAGGGAGACAGACGGAGAGGGAGAGAGGCGGAGAGCGCGCGCAGCCCCUCCGCACCCAGCACCGUCUCCCAAGACUCUCGGCGUCUUCAUCUAGCCGGAGAACCACAGCCCUCGAUUGGGCUCCGCUCUGAGGUCUGCCCUUUCUCACUGACUCCCACCUUGGAAAGAUGGAACCCCAGGAGAGCGCCGUCCAGUACAGCCGAUGGAACAACAGCCAGGAUGAGGUCAGCAUGAGCGUGUCGACCCCGGAGAGCUCGGGCUGUGAGCGGGUCUACAAUAAACUAUGCACCGGGAAGCUGGGCAUUGCGAUGAAGGUGGUAGGCGGAAUCGUUCUGUUCUGGGUCAUCUUCAUCAUCGGCUACGUCACCGGGUACUACAUCCACAAGUGCAAGUAGCACUUGUCUGAGCCUGCUGGACACCUUUUCCGAGGAGACCUCCACUCACCCAGAGACCUCUUACUACCUGGCCAAAGACCAUCAGGCCAAGGCUGGCCCUUGGGGGCACACACACCUAUAGAGAUAGAUACACACACAUAUAUACACACACACACACACAAAGGGACAAAUAUAGACACAUAGUCUCUUUUCAGAGAAAGAGAAGAUACCCUGAAACAAAUAGAGGGAGAGA